AGAAGUCAAAAGUUUAAGAGCUGGUGAAUGCUGUCAAGUUAUUUCCCCAUUCCAUCUCCUAACGUCGUCGUGAACACAUCAAAAAUAAAACACAAAUUUUUUUGUUGUGUUCACAUGUGUAGCAGGACUUAAGCCUUCUUCCUUUCUUCUUUCUCCCUUUGUUCCGGCCUGAACUACUCCCGAAAUCUACUGCUUCAAGAUGUGCUGCAAUCCAGGAGGCUGCUGCAAUCUACCAACUUGCAUCCAGUGCACAAACUUCUGUUUCAAUUGCUGGACGGGGACUGCAGCAAUCCCUUGUUGCCGUCGUACCUGCGUUCCAGGAUGUUCUAGUAGUCCCAGGUGUUGUUGUUGAGCCCGGAACGACAUGCUCUUCAAAAUUCUGAAAUAAAUUUCAUCUGAAUAAACCUCUUAAAUAAACUGCAUUCAAAAUUUUCCGUAA